GCAGGACCCAGGCUCCCCGGCGCAUCGGCCCGGCUGGCCACGGAGACGACGCUGCUCCCGCGAGACUCGUCCUCCGCCCCACUCCGCGGGUGGUCCUGGGAGGGGACCCGGGGGGACAUGGAGGAAGGUGGCGCUCUGAGAACCCCGGGAUGGAGGAGUCUCCAAAGGCAGGCACAGCCGCCUCCUGCGGCUCUUCCGGGGGGUGCAGGCUUAGCGCCCCGCGUCCUGUGUCCUCCUGGGCGCGGGGAAGAAGCACCUGCCAGAGCCGGAGGGACGUCGCGGGGACCACCCGCCGCCUGGGGGUGGGGCUGACGCCCCAGUGCGGGCUGCGCAGUCUGAGGGCGUCCGGGAGAGGAGAGCGGCGUGCGCCGCCGGCCGAGCCGGAGGGACGGCCAUGGAGACUUCAGGAUCCUCCGCCCAGACUCAAGACCACAGUGAAAUCCACAGAGAAACAGAGGAUCUAGACGACGGAGAGACGGAUUUCCACAGGCAGGACCGGGAGGCCGGACUCCUUUCUCAAGAAGGAUAUAAGAGAGACAAGGCCUCUUCUUCCUCUUCAUCCUCCUCCUCCUCUUCCUCCUCGUCAUCCUCCUCCGCCUCAGAGAGCAGGGAUGAGGACCCUCACCCCAGAGGACCUGGAAAGCGACGGCAGAGCCGGGGGGCUGGACACCGCCACAGGGAUGGCUCACCGGGUGCUGAGCCUGCAGAGCCUGAUGUUUCGAAGGAUGAGCUUCAACUCUAUGGAGGUGCCUCUGGAGAGGUGGUGCCCUCUGGGGAAUCAGGACUCCGAAGGAGAGGCUCUGACCCAGCAAGUGGAGAAGUGGAGCCCGCUCAGUUAAGAAGGCUGAAUAUAAAGAAAGACGACGAGUUUUUCCAUUUCGUCCUCCUCUGCUUUGCCAUUGGGGCCUUGCUGGUGUGUUACCACUACUAUGCAGACUGGUUCAUGUCCCUCGGGGUCGGCCUGCUCACCUUCGCCUCCCUGGAGACCGUUGGCAUCUACUUUGGGCUGGUGUACCGGAUCCACAGCGUCCUGCAAGGCUUCAUCCCCCUCUUUCAGAAACUGAGGCUAAUAGGGUUCAGGAAGACUGACUGAGGCCAGUGCCGGGAGGGCAGCCAGGCCAGGCCCCAGUGUGACCACCACUGCAUUCCCUGAACCCACGAGGACAGAGCAACGUUCUGGGAGACAUGCGGCAGGCCAGGCUAGAGCAAUAAAGAGAGCAUUUUCCUUCCUUGUGGUCUGAACGUUGGCACCAGCCUGGGCCGAGUUAUCAUUCGGGCAGUGUUGGUAUGCAGUUCAGCUGCCAGGACGGAAGGCAGAGGGAGGGUGCGGGGCCUGAGUUCUUCCCGGUACCUGGGCCAACAGGAGGAUUCUGGGGCAUCACUGCUCCCAGGGGACAGUAGGAGUCCCCUGGGUCCUGCGAGCUGUAAUCUGUCUGGGCUCAUGGUUCCUCUCAAGUCCCCAGGCCAUCCCAGUGUGCUCUCAGGUUCUGCAGAGCCAUCCUGGGGCAGACAGGCCACUGCCCUGAGGCAGGGAACCACUAUGUCAGGCCCCUGGGGUGAACCUAACCCAGGGGAGCUCUUGGGGACUAAAGCCACAGCAUCCAGGUGUCUUCCCGCCACCCCAUCACCCACUGCCCAGCCCGCUACCCUGGACCCCGUCAAGAUCCAAAUAAACGUUCUCUUCACAGGA